CACACAUACAUCAUUCGAGAGAUUACGAGAACCAACCCUUCAAGUCUGUCUGGCUGUCCCCCCUGCUUCGGAUAUUUAUACUUCACUCCCAUCCUCCACGGGAACCAGAUCCAAAAGCAUACAAUGCGUCCUUUCACCGAUACCACUGUCCACACUACUGCUUCUUCGAGUUAUUCGUCCCAGGGAACCAAGACUUCGAAAUAAGUGCCGAAUACUUGCCACUGCCAUUCUUAAAGACAACAAGCAAAGCUAUACCUACAACUACACCACCACUAGAACUACUACACCACUACAACUACUACCUACCACUACACAUACCUGAUACCAAACACAAGAAAGCACAAACAAAAUGGGCGCCGUCGUCUCUUGUAUCCAAAGCGUCUUCCACGCCAUCGGCGCCUGCCUCAUGGGCAUCGUCAACACCAUCGGCUCCGUCUGCAAGGCCAUCAUCGACGGCAUCGUCACCCUCUUCGACGUGAUCAUUUCGUGCCUCACCUGCGGGUACUGCGGGAACCGGCGGCGGACGCGGACGCACGGCCGGAGGUCGAGGGUCUAGGUCUUAGCUGGAGGUUGAAUGAUGUUGAAUGAUAAGAUGUGAUGAUAAAGGGGCUGGGGGCGGGGGAUGAAGACACCAUGCUGGGAUGGGUUGGGGUGUUCGCUAUACCCUUCUUUUUAUUCUUCGCUCGGAUUGGAUUUGAUCUCGCCUGAUCUGAUCUGAUCUGAUCUUUUAUGAGGUUACGACUUAUGGAUUACGCUGGUGGUUUGAGUUUGCGUGUUUCAUUUCGUUUCGCAACUGUGUACUUGCUCCCUGUUGCUGAUGGUCUUUGAUAUCCUAUCCUGUGGUUUUUAUGAAUUCUCUUCCUUGAAUUAAUAUGAUUCUUUCAAUAGCUACAUAUCAUAUGCAUAUGU